AUGCGUUCAUCAAUUAAACGUCCAUCAAUUAUAAUACCACGUCCAACAAAAGCUUCAUUAGCUCGUCAAUCCAAAAUUCGUAAUUCUAUUCUUGGUGCAUCAGCAACUACUAAUACAACAAAUACAUUGAAACCGAUACAAAAUGAAGAUAUUAAAAGUGAAAAUGAUUUAUCAACCAUCGGCGUACUUAAACAACAAGUACGACGUGCAAGUGCAAUCACAAAAAAUGUUGCUGUUUUUAAACGACGACGUUCACUACAUAAAUUAGCUGUUAUUGUCUCGGGUUCGUCAUUAGAUAACUCCACUGGUGAUGGUGAAACAUUAAAACAAGUUAUUGUUGCUUCAUUAACUGAAAAUGUCAAAAAAAUGGAUCUUGUUGAACAACCUAAAACAAAAUAUUCCAUGAAUAGUGAUAAUAAAGAAAAUCGUGCAUCAAAGCGUCCAACCACACUGCCAGCAAAUGUAUUGCGUAAAAAACCAAUACCAAUACCUAUACAAUUACUUGAUAAAUAUGCUGCUGAAGAGAUAACAAUCGAUAUAAUCGAACAGGCUUUAACUAGCGAUGAUUUACAUAUAGAUGAAGAUGAUGAACCGAUUGAUCCAACAUAUGCUAUGGAUUAUGUUGCUGAUAUCAUGAAUUUAUUGUAUGCAUUAGAAAAACGAUAUCCUAUACAAUCAACAUUUUUAACCAGUGCAUCAACAACAACAUUAUUUCCGUUGACAACGAUGGCUACAAUGGCAAAUGGUAGUGCUUCGCGACCAUGGAAACUUACAACAAAACAUCGAACUACUGUUGUCGGAUGGAUUAUACAAUUAUUUUAUGCGCGAUUUCAUUUAUCUCAAGAUGCCAUGCAUAUUUGUAUUGGCUUACUUGAUCGUUUUCUUCAACAGUGUAUUAAUUCAACAACAGCUGGCGCUGGAUUUGUUACACAAAAAAAUCUACAAUUAAUUGCCGUAGCGUCAUUUCUGAUUGCCGCUAAAGUUGAAGAAACUCAUCAUCCACCUGUUGAUGAACUUGUCUAUGUUACUGAUCAUACAUAUACAAGUGAUCAAGUAAAAAAAAUGGAAAAGAAAAUUCUGCAUGAAUUACGCUUUGAACUUAAUCGACCUACAAGCCUUCAAUUUCUUCGUCGUUUUUCAUUCGUAUCAAGUGCCGGUGAUGAACAACAUGCUAUUGGUAAAUUUCUUAUCGAUAUGUCAUUACUGAAUGUAUCCUGUGUUGGUUUGGCUCCGUCACUUGUUGCAGCAAGUGCAACAUAUAUAGCACGCUAUAUUCUCAAUCCAAAUCAACCAUUAACAUUUGACCAAUGUUGGCCACAAGAAUUACAAAGUCGUUCUCCAUAUAAAACAUAUGAAUCAAUGUCAAAUGGCGUCAAAAUUUUAGCACAAUUUAUUGACAAAUGUUUAGCAGGAACAAAUUCAAAAGAAUGUGAAAUUCUUACCAAACGUUAUGAACAUGAACAAUUAUCACAAGCAAGUUUAUUUUGUAUGCAACAGCGAACACUUAUCCACAAAUUAGCCACUGAAUGA